GUUCAGUUCUGCUCAGACUGACCUGAUUCACUUAUAAUUUUAUAUACAUAUUUAUAUUAGAUAUUUAAUCUACAGUCACUCUCACUUUGGUGUUUUGUUUUAUUUUAAUGUCGUCUAUUUAUUAUACACACAUUUAAUCUGCAGAAUAUCUGGGACAUCUCAGCUCCCAUCACAAACAGAAUGUCCCAGGAAAGUCAACAUGGCAAGUGGACUCUGUCUGACAGCGAUGAUGAUGAUGACAUUGUACCACCAACACCCCCAAAAGAUAUAAAGAAUCCAGUUGUAAAACCUGAUCCAGUGUUUAAAUCCAGUACAGCAAAUACAGUCCUAAAACCAAAGCCCAGCCCUGAGCCCAGCAGAGAAAACAAGAUGAAGUCUGAGCCAUUAAUUAAGACUGAAACACUGUCAGCACCCUCAAUGGGUUCUGAGGCCAGACAAGCCACGCACCUAAAUCAGAGUAAUCCUGUGAAAUAUGAAAACAGUCCGUCUCCAGCAGUGAAAAGAAAAAGGGAAACAGAUGAGGGAGGCUGGAACCUCUCAAGCAGUGAUGAUGAAGCUCCUUCCUCAGCUCCCCAAAUCAAACCUAAACAAUCGCGCCCAAGUCCUCCUAAAAAGAAGCUGGAGAAAAGUCGACCACCCAGCCCACACGGUGCUUCUUAUUAUAAAGAGGAACCCAGUGACUUCUUUGAAGCGAAUUUAUCUGCAAUGAAUGACACGUAUCGCUUUUAUUUAAAUAAAGUCAGUGGAAUAGAAAAGAAGUUCAACACUGGAGCUUUGCACAUCAGAGAAAUCCUUUCCCCAAUGUUUGGCACACUGAAGGAAUCAGUCCAGUUUAACUACUGCUUUGAUAUUCCAUGGAUGGUGAAACAGUAUCCACCAGAGUUCAGGGAUAAACCUGUAAUAAUUGUUCAUGGAGAGAAACGGGAGUCAAAGGCUCGACUGAUCCAACAGGCUCAACCCUACAGUCACAUUCGUUUUUGUCAGGCCAAGUUGGAUAUUGCUUUUGGGACUCAUCAUACGAAGAUGAUGCUGCUCUGGUAUGAGGAGGGCUUCAGAGUCAUCAUUCUGACAUCCAACAUGAUCCAGGCUGACUGGUACCAGAAGACACAGGGACUAUGGAUGAGUCCUUUGUACCCUCAGUUACCUGAGGGAAGCCCUGAUACUGCAGGCGAGUCCCCCACCCAUUUCAAACGAGAUCUGUUGGAGUAUCUGAAUUUGUAUCGUGCUCCUGAGCUAGCUGAAUGGAUUCAGCGCAUCAAAGGAUACGACCUGUCAGAAACCAGGGUGCACCUUAUUGGUUCAACUCCUGGAAGAUUCCAAGGACCUCAAAUGGAGAAGUGGGGUCACUUAAAGUUAAGGAAGUUGCUGAGAGAACACACAUGUCCAGUUCAGAAUGCAGAACGGUGGCCAGUGAUUGGACAGUUUUCAAGUAUCGGCUCGAUGGGGCUUGACAAGACCAAAUGGCUGGCGUCAGAGUUCCAGCGUACUCUGAUGACGUUGGGGAAGACCACGAACUCAUUACCCAGUCCAGAGACACCACUUCUCCUGGUUUAUCCAUCAGUAGACAACGUGAGAACCAGUUUAGAAGGCUACCCAGCUGGAGGUUCGUUGCCCUACAGUAUACAGACGUCGCAGAAGCAGAUCUGGCUUCAUUCUUAUUUCCACUGCUGGAAAGCUGAGACUUCAGGCAGAAACAACGCCAUGCCCCACAUCAAGACCUACAUGAGGGUCUCACCAGACUUCUCUCAGCUUGCCUGGUUUCUCGUUACAAGUGCCAAUUUGUCAAAAGCUGCCUGGGGUGCUUUGGAGAAAAACAAUACUCAGAUGAUGGUUCGUUCCUAUGAGUUGGGAGUUCUUUACCUGCCUACAGCUUUUAAUAUGAGCACAUUUCCUGUUGAGAAGAAUAUCUUCCCUGCCUCAAGCUCUUCCACAGGGUUCCCUGUACCUUUUGAUUUGCCACCUCAUCGCUACUCCAGUAAAGUGCUUAUCCUAGAGGGAGGGACAAAAAGGAGAUGGGACUCAAAAGACCGGAGAGAGCAGGAAGGUGAAGAUCAGCCAUGGAUUUGGAAUAUCCCAUACACACAAUGGCCGGACACUCAUGGAAAUAUUUGGGUCCCAUCCUAAAAUCCUGAAUGCUUGGAGUCUGGAGGGUGCUUGGUAAUAAGGGGCCAAACAGUGGAAGUACACAAGAAGUAUCUGCUGUUUUUACUGUAUUGACUGGACUAUAUAAUAUUUGUAGACAAUAAAACUGUAGGCCUGCAAACAUGGUGCAAAAAAGUGGAAAAGCUGUGAAAGUACUAUUUCGAUUCAUUAUUAACUGUAGUUAUUCAUAGUGCUACAUAAUAAAUGAAAUGAAUAAAU